AUGUUUGAACCACUUCGCAUAGAACGCGUACCAUCGCGUAUUCAACAAGACUCUGUUUGUGUAGCCUUUGCCCUUCACCCCAACACUUCUGCCACCACUACUCAUUCUCAUUGUUGGGGCAGUUGUACGGUGACAAGUAAGUUAGAUCUCAUCUUUCACCGUGGAGAGGGUGAUGUGCAACAAUUACACAUUCCAGGGUCUGUUGAAAAAAAGAAACGAACACCCCAUUUCUUCCGGCUUUCAUGUAUAGAUGCUUCACUUAUACAGGGAUACCCCAUUUCUUCACAUCAGGUGGUAAGUUUCUCUUUUAGUGAAUGUAGUAAUGUGAAAGUGGAAGGAACGCAUAGAGUAACAACUGCUAUUGCCCAACAUUUACCGACCGUUGCACUUUUACUUCAUGUCUCUAGUGCUGAAAUGAAUGUACUUCUUUUACGUCCUGUUGUACAAAUGGAAGGAAAGGAAUCUUUAAUUCGUUAUCGUGCUUCUGUACAUCCUACACCUGCUGGUAUUAGACAUGUAGUAGUCACACGUUGUGGAAGAGCAGCUUUUUUUUUCGGGCAGUAUUUUUCUGAACAUGAUGGACAAAUACAAUGUUAUUCCUCUAGUAUUCAUGAUAAUUCUUCACGUUUGGUAUUUCAAUCUGUACAUAUGACUUCUACUGCUUAUAUGCAUAGUAGUACAAAUGAUACUCUUUCCAAUGAAAUGCCAAUAGCAUCAUCCACCACAGAGAAAGUAAAUGAUGGAGGUUCUCAACGUAUUGUAUGGGUAGGCGUACGAAAUCCAUAUCAUUGUAGUGGAGUUGUUUCCUCUAAUCAUCUGGAAGUGGAAUUAACUAUUCUUACUAACCAUGCAGUAUCUAUGGUAUUUCAUAUCUCUUGGGCUAAUACUGUUGGUAAUGAUGCUACUGUGAAAAGAAGGUCUGCCACUUGUACUUGGACAACACAUCUCAGAUCUGAACCCUUACAUAUGGAUAGUGAAAAUGAUAUUCUUUUGCAGAACCCUCUUAGUUUGUUAAAACGAUGGAAGACUACAACCUCCUUUGCCCGUGCGGUAAAGGAAGAAUGUACAGUAAAAACAGAUCCUUUAUCAUCCAAUCGUAUGAUACCUUUACAAGGUCUUUCUUCCUCUACAAGUAUAGUGAGAGGAAGUCCAAAUGGUGCUGUUAUUUGUGUUAUUAUACCAAACACACAUGAAGGUUUCUUAAUUGGUUUUGGUUCCACUGUUCAUAGAAGUCCCUCUUGUGAAGUUUCCACUGCAGCCAUUAUGAUUCCACCUAAUGUGAGAAUAGUAGAUGCUAUUUGGGUAACAGGUCCAUUGUGUGGUUUCCUAUUAUUAGGUACAUAUGAACAAGGAGGCAUAUCAGAGUUAUUCUUUCUACCUCUCACAGCUCAUACCUUGUGGCGUAUACACGUAGAAGAGACUCAUCAAUCUUUUCUUACACAUAGAGAUGGGACACUUUCAAUCUUUUCCUAUGGUUUUACAGAAGAUAUGUUUGGAACUAUGCAAUUGCGUCUUUCAUUAAUGUAUUGUCAACAUCGAGAUGGAGAUGAGGAUGUGAAGGAAGUACGCACAGGUCUAAUUUCAUUACCAAGCUUUACACGUUUAACACCACUUCCAUCUCCAUUACAUGUAUUGCGUUUGGUCUUUCUGACGAGUUUGGCUUCUUGGACUUCCAUUCAUGAUAGCUCUGUUGUUAAUAGUGAUAAUAGUAAUGGUGUCCCAGCAGGAGUCCAACCAACAACAACAACAAUAAUGAAUAGAGAAGAUAUCUCUUUACAGGAAAUUCUUUCUCUUCUGGAUGGUAAAGAUGAUCUUCAACUCACAACGGAGUUAAUGCUUGAAUCUCAACUAGAUCCAUGGUUGCGUGCGGGAACAGUAGUUGGCGUGCUUCCCUUGCGAGAUCUCCUGCGAGAGAUAUUCACACAACUUCUUGAUGAUCUACAACGAACUUGUAAUGGUACUUCUGAUAUGACCUUUAUAGAAGAUAAUAAAAAUAUUAUCACUAUGAUUUUAUCCGUUUUUCGUGGUAUGGCAGAAUCAUUAGAAGCCAUUUCUCUUACCUAUUCACAAACCUUUUUACAACAUUACAUCUCUGAUAUUCACACUUUACUAAUGUUAUUUCGACAAACGGUAACUCUUCUUGGACAAUAUGGAGCGAUAUCAGCCUGUUUUACAGCUGUAGCUUAUUUUACAAAAGCCAUUGAUAAUGGUAUUUGUGCUGGUAAAGAUCAUAUGAAUAGUAGUACGAAUCCUAAUAGUAUUCGCUGUUGUCCACAGUGGCGUGUACUUAUUUCUCCACUUUUUGAUGAUGCCUUUGCGUUAAUUUCCUCCUGUUCUUCUCUCUCACAUGCAUUAUUGCCGUAUUGCAGUACACCCCUGCAACAGUUAAUAUGGACACGAGAGCGAAUGGGAAAUACCCCAACAGUUGUGGAUACCCACAAUGGUGAGCAAACACGAUCAUUAGAAGAAGUUCUCACACUUGCACGAAAAGGAACAUCUGGAUUAGCAAUGCUCUCUGUAGCGGAUGUGUGUUGUACAGCACGGCGGUUAUUUUACCGUGAUGGUGUGGAGUCAGCUCGGGCUUUUCUUUCAACUGUUGUGGAUUCCCAUAGGCGACAUAGUCAAGAAGUAAAUGAUCUCUAUGUAGAGUACAAGGCAGUAGAUAAGGAACUUAACACCAUCCUGGACUGUAUUUAG